CGACGAUCAACCGUCGGAAUCCGAUACCCCAAAGCUGAUAUCUGGCUGGCUGUCAGAAAGCGUAGGAUUGCCGAUCUCAUCCGCACCGAAAAAGUGAAGUGCGCUCAUAAAAUACUUUCGGCGAAGAAAACAGAGAUAUUCCCAGCCGCAACAGCGUACCGAUUGCGAAAAUGAUAUAUCGGUCAGCGCUCGUCGUCCUUUCCUUGAUGUGGGCCGUUACAGCCAAAGACUACGACUUCAUCGUUGUCGGAGCUGGAAGUGCGGGCAGCAUCGUUUCUUCGGAGUUAGUGAAAAGUGGAGCUGACGUUCUUCUGAUUGAAGCUGGCGGUGACAACACCGAUCCAGCAAUCGAUAGCUUGCGCUCCUAUUUCGACCUCGCCUUUGGUGCGCUAUUCAAUCCUUUCAGCGGCUUUAAAUGGAUUCAAUGGGGAUACUUUAGCACGGAGCAAACCUUAGCUGGCGCAGGAGCCGGUGCUACCCCUAAAACAUUUGGAAUCCCUCGAGGGCGUGUGCUGGGUGGGUCGCAUUCAAUCAACGCCUGCGCAUACGUUCAAGCCAACGCUGACGAUUUCAACAAUAUCGCGGCCGAAGUGAAUGAUAACAUGUGGCGAUGGCGUCGCACUCAACGCCUUCGAAAUAAGCUGGAACGGACCAUUGGUAUCACAAAACUAGGCAAAACUCAGACUGGAGCACUGGACUUCAUUGCCACGGCCCACGAAGUGCUCGGCUUCCCGUUCAACUCUAAUCCAACUCAAGGGGAUCAGUAUGGAAUCAGCCCGUCGUUCUGGACCGGACAAGAGUCCAGUGAAGGUGGAAUUCGAACUACCGCAUUCGACGCGUUCGUUCUCCCUGUUUUGAACAGCAGUAAUCGAAAAGGUACCAUCGACGUUGUCACAUUCCACCAAGUGCAGCAUCUCAUCUUUGAUGAGAACGAUUCGACCAAGGUCGUCGGAGUUAGCACAAUGAAUGUCCGCUCAAAUGUUGCAACGGAAUUCCGUGCGUUGAAGGAAGUCAUCCUGUCGAGUGGGACCUACAACACUCCACAGAUCCUCAUGCUCUCCGGUAUUGGACCUCAAGCUCAUCUCAAUGACUUGGGUCUGGCUACAAAAAUUGACCUUCCGGGUGUCGGCUCAAAUCUUCGGGACCACUAUUCAGUUGCAACAUUUUGGGAUUUAAAAAAUUUGCCAGAGGGAGCCCCGUUUCUAUUCCAAAGUCCUUCUCUCAACAUGUUUGGACCAGAACAGCAGGGUCAGCCCUCAUUCCAAUUCGAGCUGGCGGGAAACUUCGGUUCUGUCGUCCCCCUCCGCCAAGUCUCGACCGGUACGGUUCGUCUGCAAUCUUCGGAUCCUAUGGCAUCCCCGAUCAUUGAUCCCAAUGUAUUGAGUACUUCGAGUGAUGUCGACAAUAUGGUCGACGGUCUCGAAAACUAUUUGCUACCUUUCUUCCAAGGCCUCAUUGACAAGAACUUGGUCACGACAAAUAGCCUCAGUCCCAGCGCCUCCGCUGAGGAAAUACGUCAGUAUGUGAUCGAAAGGUUCGAUACAAAUCACCAUCCCGUCGGAACUUGCAAGAUAGGGUCGAGUUCAGAUCCAAUGGCAGUGGUGGAUAGUAAUUUUAUCGUGCGUGGCACCGCCAACCUUCGCGUUAUUGACGCUUCCAUCUUUCCUGAAGUCCCGUCCGGGAACAUCAACGGGCCGACCAUGACUGCUGCUCUGUUGGGUGCUCGUAAGAUUAAGCUGGCGCAUCGCUCCUCAAUGACGCUCGAUGCUGAUGACGAGGAAGAAGACGAUGGCAAUCAUGUCCGUAAGAAUGUUUAAUGCCAUAGCCUUAUUUGUGAUU